CUCAUCUUGAGUUAUUUUCAGUUUACAAUGCAAGUUUGGUUAUGUAUAAUUAUCUCUGUUGUGGUACUUCUGUAUACUACAGUCACACCAGUUAUUCUGACUGCAAUGACCCUGGAGCGCUAUGUGGCCAUUUGCAUGCCCCUGCGCCAUGGACAGCUGUGCUCCACACGCAGCACUAUGCAUUGCAUCCUCAUCAUUCACAGCCUCAGCUCUGUACCUGGCAUUGUUGUUCUCUCCACCUUCUUUGCAUCAGUAUCCCUUAGCUUGUACAAACAAUAUAGGGUAUGUUCAGUGGAGAUGUUCCUUGUGCACAGAUGGCAGGGUCAUAUUCGGUCAGCUGUUUAUCAGUUUUACUUCUUGAUCAUGUGUAUCAUCAUUGUAUUCUCCUAUGUUCAAAUAAUGAAAGUGGCCAAAGCUGCAUCAGGAGAGAAUAAAAAGUCAACAUGGAAAGGGCUCAGAACAGUAAUUCUUCAUGCUUUCCAGCUGUUGCUCUGUCUCAUCCAGCUGUGGUGUCCAUUCAUAGAAAAUGCUGUACUUCAGACUGAUUUCAUGUUGUUCGUUCAAGUCAGGUACUUUAACUACAUAUUGUUUAGCGUUGCUCCAAGAUGUCUGAGUCCUCUCAUUUAUGGCCUGAGGGAUGAAAAUUUUUUUCAUGCACUGAAAAGCUAUGGCUUCUUUGACUUGUAUAAAAGAAAUAUUCGACAAGGUAGAUUAAUCAUUUUCCAACAGAAAAGUUGCACAAUGCAUUAAUUAAAAAAAAUUAUUUCAAACUAGUUAAUUGUUAGAAGCAUGACUGUGAUUGAAUUGCUAUUUAAGCGACAAUGCAAGCUCAAUACUGUUUUGUAUUCUUAUAUGUAAUAUUGAUUAUAGACCGUUUUAGUAUUCAAAUCUAGCAACAAAAAUGACACACUUGUUAAAAGGAGGACUUAUUUAACAAUAAAUAACUCUCAUGACUCAUA